AUGGACGCGUUUACUUCAUUCUUCGAUUCCCAAUCUUCUUCAAGAAACCGCUGGAAUUACGAUUCCCUCAAAAACUUCCGUCAAAUCUCCCCCGUCGUUCAGAAUCACAUCAAACUGGUUUAUUUUACAUUGUGCUGUGCUAUUGCUGCUUCAGCUGUUGGAGCGUUUAUUCAUGUGUUAUGGAAUAUUGGAGGUUUUCUUACCACGGUGGCGGGUAUUGGAACCAUGAUUUGGUUGUUAUCUACGCCUCCUUUUGAAGAGCGAAAGAGAGUGUAUUUGUUGAUGGCUUCGGCUUUCUUUCAAGGGGCCUCUAUUGGACCCUUGAUUGAUUUGGCUAUUGUUAUUGAUGCUAGUCUUAUUGUUACUGCAUUUGUGGCAACCUCCUUGGUCUUUGCAUGUUUCUCAGCAGCCGCCUUGGUUGCAAAGCGUAGGGAGUAUCUCUACCUUGGUGGCUUGCUUUCUUCUGGGCUGUCUAUUCUCAUGUGGUUGCAUUUUGCUUCCUCUAUCUUUGGGGGAUCUACUGCUCUCUUUCAGUUUGAGUUGUAUUUUGGGCUUCUGGUGUUUGUGGGCUACAUUGUAGUAGACACCCAAGAAAUUAUUGAAAAAGCUCACUUGGGUGAUCUGGAUUAUGUGAAGCAUGCAUUGACCCUAUUCACUGAUUUGGCUGCAAUCUUUGUGCGGAUUCUUGUUAUAUUGUUGAAGAAUUCAGCCGAGAAAAAUGAAAGAAAUGAAAGAAAGAAGAAGAGGAGAGAUGAUGACUAG